CUCCAAAGUACCCUCCGGCGUUAAAACAAAUAGAUGAAGAAUGAGGGUCAUGCGCGCUGUGCGCUUGAUUGAAGGAAUUCGCAGUUUUGCAUGUCUGUGCUCGGAAGUUCUUAAGUUUUGAAGUCGGACUAUUCUGGCGAUAUUUAACUUGGAGUCACACUACAGAAGCCUCUGAUCACUGUGCUCUGGGCGGCUCCCCCACAUACCUGUAAGACAGCAUGGACGAUAUGGAGGAGAUGACCCUGAGGGCCAACCAGCUGACAGAUGAGUCGCUGGAGAGCACCAGGCGGAUGCGGCAGAUUGCCGAGGAGACUCAAGAAACGGGAGUGAAAACGAUGGGAAUGCUGGAUGAUCAGGGAAAUAAGCUGAACGACAUCGAGACUGGGCUUGAUCAGAUCAACGAAGACAUGAAAGUCGCAGAGAAGAACCUCACUGAAAUGUCCAAGUGCUGUGGCCUCUGUCUGUGUCCAUGCAAUAGGGUGAAGACGACCGACAGAGGAUACAGGCGUGCUCCGGACAGCGAGAGCGGCAGGGGGCCAGUUGUGUCCAGCCAGCCUACAAGCUCCCGCAAUGGGCAGCCAGGCCCAGAAGCCAGCGGCCCCUACAUCAAAAGGAUAACAAAUGAUGCCCGGGAAGAUGAGAUGGAGGAGAACCUGGGCUAUGUGGGGGGUAUCGUGGGCAACUUGAAGAACAUGGCCCUGGAUAUGGGCACCGAGCUGGACAAGCAGAACAAGCAGAUCGACCGCAUCAAUGAAAAGGCGGAGAUCACCAACGUCCGUGUCCAGGAUGCUGACAAGAGAGCCAACAACCUGCUGAAGUAGAGGGAAGGCCACUGUCCCGCUCCUCAUUAUCUCCUAAUGAGACCACGCCCCCCCUGCUCAGCUUCCCCAACCCGGAAGAGAAACCUAGCGGGGGACCUAGUCACCAGAGUGCCGGCGUUCACACGAGAUUGGCGGCACUGUGGUCAUGUCACUUCAAAAAGCUGUACAUUCUGUUAGUUACGGGAGUAGCGAUGCGUUCAGACCAAUGGUGGGUAGAGUUACUGGGUGCGGCCAAUAGGCUCCUGGCUUAUGACCUAGUGAGGUACCUGAUUGAACGUUAGUCAGACCACUCAGUGAUAAGACAUCAGUCUCGCCCACUGUUGUUUUUAGGUUUCUUUCACCUAUUACAUGUCAUUUCUAAAAGUGAGUGUGCUCCAGUCUUGGCACUUUCUGACGUCCCUUGUGUUUUUCUUUUUGCUAAUAUCGAACACAAAGUGAAACUGAUAAUAUAGUUCAGCUUAUAAGUAACAUAGAUUUGAAACAUAUAUUUUUGAUUAUCGCAGUGUUAUUAACGCAGCUCUGUUUCAACUUUGUGUUUCACUGUGUGUUGUUUUUAAGAUCCCUUUCAUUAUUUUCCAGUUCUGUCCCAUUUAUACUGGUUGAUUGCUUAUCAUUUGGUAUUUUUAGUACCAGAUGGACAAUCUGUUCAAUGCAGUUACCUCUGACCACAGUAGGCAUUGAUCACUUAUGCUGUAUUUCCUGCUCACUUUAAUAAAGUAACCUUUAAAUGGUUAUACACUUACGCUAAAUUAAACUUGACAUUUGCUUGUUUGUUCUGUAAUGAACCGUAUUUUUACGUGAAUUUUGUGGUUGAAUUUGGUUUGUUGCAGUGUGUUUCCACUUUACAAUGAAUGGUAUGAAUUGUACCUUCAAGGCGCUUAUUAAUGGGGAGAGUGUAUGGAAGUAAUUUUAAUAGUCACGUUGUGUCACUUAGAUGUAUUAUCUUUACAUGUAUUAAAUAUUUUCACUUACUUUGAGGUGGGUUGCAGGGACAUUACCAUCCAAUGCUGACAUAUUUAGAUACUGAGAUAUUUAAAGGAUAUCUGUACUUAUGUCUUUUAUAGCUUUGAAGUGUAAAGUAUUUUUUUUGCCGCCCGUUUGUACUUUUUAGGUCCUUGAUUUCUCAUAUAUAUAUAUAUACAUAUGGAUUAAACUGAAUACAAACCAUUUUGCAAUGGAAA